UUUUCCAUAAACAAAGUCGCAUGCUUAUAGCUCUACCGUAAGCGCCAAGGAACAUUUUAUGCUUAGUGAAAAGCGCUGAAGCAUAAUCCAAACGUAACAACCCCAUGUUUCCAACAUCCAACUGAAAAAAACCGCCCACUUCAUAACUUCCCUUUCCCAUAACGAUAGAAACUGCCAACACUCCUACAUACACAAGACUUCAACCGUUUUUACAAAUUUUCCCUCUUUCAACUCUCCAUUGUCUCUUUGGUGUCUUCCUCUCCUUUUAUUCCGAAAAUGAACGAGAAUGUCGAUUCUGAUCCAGGGUUUCGAUUCCUUUCUUCUGUUACUCAACAUAAUAUCCUAGGCUCGCCUUCUUCAUCAAGCAAUAAUGUGAAUUGUGAUCCGAAACCCCGAAAGAAACGGUCCAAAUUGAUAAAGAUCGGUGUUGGUGGAUUCUCGACUCGUUCUGAAACUGUUUCCAGGCCUAAAUAUGCCAAGAAACCUGACCCUAAUGCACCGAAGAUUACACCGCCUUGUAGUGAAUGUGGGAAGAAGUUUUGGUCAUGGAAAGCACUUUUCGGACACAUGCGAUGCCACCCCGAGCGACAGUGGCGUGGAAUCAACCCCCCUCCAAAUCAUUUUUGGCCUGUGAAACCAACAAAUAAUGUAGAUACCUUGAUGACAGAGGACGAUCACGAAAUUGCAGCGUCCUUAUUGAUGCUGGCUGAUGGUGCCCCCACCAGCGUGAGUGAAUGCGGUACAAGUUAUCAACCCAGGGUUCAAGAAACUGAACCUUUGGGCGCAAACUUCCGGUUUGAAUGCCCGAGUUGCAAGAAGGUCUUCGGGUCACCCCAAUCACUGGGGGACCACGGGGCUAGCCACCAGAACGCCAUGGGGUGUUUCCCGAUAACAAGAGUGUACGACGUUGAGGCUCAUAGCGGAGAUGACGACGACACGGUGAGGGAAAAUGUUGAAGAUUACAGUAAGUUGAUGGUUUGGGGUCAGAAAUGCAGCAUUUGCUUGAGGGUGUUCUCUAGUGGUCAGGCCUUGGAUAGGCAUAAAAGGCGCCAUUGGGAGAAAGGGGAUGAAACAUCAAUGAACCAAGGGCUCAGCCUUUUGGUAGCAAAGGAAGACUGUGGAUUGGACCUGAAUCUGCCUGCUCCUCUGGAAAAUGAUCCAUCUUCUUCAUAUUCUACAACCUUAGCUUUGGAUUUAACGUUAAGUCUCUGA